ACUUCUGCUCUAGUGAUUUGUUGAAAAUAUCAUACGUCACUCUAUCAAAGAUCGGAACCGGAGGUGGUCAUUGGAAAUAUUGCACCGCGUUAGGUGUACCCAACCAUGGAGUCAACGGAUAAGAACGAAGCUAUAAAGCUCUUUGUGGGGAACCUGGCUUUGGACACCUCUCAGGAGGACCUGACACAGCUCUUUGGGCCAUAUGGACAGGUGGUCACCUGCAGUGUACUCAGGCAGUUUGCCUUCAUCCAUCUCCAGGGAGAUGGUGCUGCUGAUCUAGCCAUAAGGGAACUGAAUGGACGGGAGUUCCGUGGCCGCAACCUGGUGGUUGAAGAGUCCCGCGGAAGGCCCAUGCAUUCCACCAAGGUGUUUGUGGGGAACCUCAGUGCCAUGUGUUCUGCUGAGGACCUGCAAGAGCUCUUUCAGACCUUUGGGAAAGUUCUGGAGUGUGAUAAGGUCAAAGCGAGGCUCUCCUCCUCUGCGGGCUAUGCCUUUGUACACAUGGAGCGGAAGGAGGAUGCAGUGCAGGCUAUUGAGGCUCUCCAUGGGACCACCUUCAAAGGCCGACCGCUCUCUGUGGAGCUCUCCAAUGUGCAGCCCAGUAAUCCCACCACGACUACAGCAAAGGCCCCCGUCAUGAGUCACUAUGCCACUGAAAACCCCUCCAUCAACCCUCAUAUGGAGCACCACCAGAGUCAGGCUGCUGUACUGGCUGCUGCCGUUGCUGCAGCAGCAGGUCUGCCUCUUCAGGUGCAGCAGAGCUUGCACAACUCUGUCUACAACACAACAAGCUUUGAUCCCACGUACGCUGCGCUAAAGGGCAUGACGGCAGCCAGCGCCACAGAUGGUACUCCAGUGAGCCCUGCGGUCUACGGUGCCCUCGCCAGCCAGGUGUACGGCUCUGUAGCGGAUCAGGUAUACGACUCUAUAGCCAACCAGGCAGCCAGCUAUCAGAAUUCAGCCACACCGGACACAGAAGGCUACAGUAACCAGUACGACCCCACAGCUGGAGAGGCACCGUCAGCCCAAGCUGCUGUCAACCCGGCCUACGGUGGCGCCUCGGCCCUCUACAACGCCAGCUCAGCCUAUGGCUCCAUGGGGGGUGCAGAACCCACUGCCCAGGCCAUCUUUGAGGCAGCACGUGCCCGCUUCUUCCAGCAGGGUCAGCAGGUUCUAGCUGAGCAGCAGAUGGGGACAAAGUCAGGGGACAGGGAUCGCAGCCCAGUACGCCGCUCCACCCCACUGCUGCCUGACCCUGUGCCCCAGCCCUUCCCCCAGCCACGCCCCAAACGCCGCGCCCUCCUCCCAACGCCACCCGGCCGACCAGAGGACCCGGCUGCUGAUAGAGACCCCAUUGCCAGAUGCUAUGCAGAGUACUAUCAGCAGGUCCAGCAGUACCAACAGUACCAGCAGUACCAACAACAGUACCAGCAGUACCAAUAUGGCUACCCUCCUCCAGCCCCGACCCAGAUGCCCCCCACAAUGCCCAACUACCAGAUGCCCAUGCAGGCCCCGCCCCCGACGGAGGCCCACAACCUGGAAGCGCCUGCUACCUACGCCCCAGCUAGAGCGUAUGAACCGCCUCCAUCACACAAGGAGCCCCUCCUCCGCCGCCCUGACUACUCCCACAUGCCAGAGCACCGAUAACCCUUUACAUUGCAGUGUGAAUGUGUGUGUGUGUGUGUGUGAAUGUGUGGGUUUUGAGUGAUGUAGUUGUGGUCCAAAUGUGCAUCACUGCAAGUUUGCCCAUUUAUAAUUCCCCUGUUUUGCAUCUUCUCUUUUCUAAACACAAUUCUGACUAGUUGAUUUUUCACUUUAUAGUAUGCCUGGUUUUGCUUUGAUAAGAACGCUGCCCCAUAAUGCAGUAAUCUGUAUUGUGAAGUCGUUAUGGUUUUAAGGAAGUGUAUGGUUGUGAUGCGUACUGGGGGCUCUGUAAUGACAGCUCUUCCUUACACAUCCCCGUCCCAUAAACUGUCAAAUAUGCGAGAAUAUUAAUCCAUACCAGAGGAGUGCCUUGUUAAAAGCCUAGUUGAAAUAUAUUGUGUAAAAUAAAUGUGUAUUUUUGAGCAAUGAAGGAAGCACCCAAAUCGAUCCAUGCAUUUUUAAAAUCAGAGCCUUGCCUCUGUCCUCAAGGUGACUUUAGCUCAUCCAAAUUAGCCAUUAGUUCACAUACACUACAUGGCCAAAAGUAUAUGGACAGCCCUUCAAUUAGUGGAGUCAGCUAUUUUAGCCACACCUGUUGUGAACAGGUGUAUAAAAUAGCGCACACAACGGCUCAGUCACGAAGUGGUAGUCCACACAAUCUCACAGAAUAGGACCGCCGAGUGCUGAAGCGCGUAAAAAUCAUCUGUCCUCGGUUGCUACACCCACUACCGAGUUCCAAACUGCCUCAGGAAGCAACGUCAGCACAAUAACUGUUUCUUCAGGAGCUUCAUGAAAUGGGUUUCCAUGGCCGAGCAGCCGCACGCAAGCAUAAGAUCACCAUGCGCAAUUCCAAGCGUUGGAUUGAGUGGUGUAAAGCUCACCGCCAUUGGACUCUGGAGCAGUGGAAACACGUCUGGAGUGAUGAAUCAGGCUUCACCAUCUGGCAGUCCGACGGACAAAUUUGGGUUUGGCCGAUGCCAGGAGACGCUACCUACUCAAAUGAUGGAGGAGGAAUAAUAGUCUGGGGCUGUUUUUCAUGGUUCCGGCUAGGUCCCUUAGUUCCAGUGACAUCUUAACGCUACAGCAUACAAUGCCAUUCUAGAUGAUUCUGUGGUUCCAACUUUGUGGUAAAAGUUUGGGGAAGGCCUUUUCUUGUUUCUGCAUGACAAAGCUCCCUGUGCACAAAGCAACGUUCAUACAGUAAUGGUUUGUCGAGAUCAAUUCUGUGCUUCCAACUUUGUGGCAAUAGUUUGGGGAAGGCCCUUUCCUGUUUCAGCAUGACAAAGCUCCCUGUGCACAAAGCGAGUUCCAUACAGUAAUGGUUUGUCGAGAACAGUAUGGAAGAACUUGGCACGCACAGAGCCCUGACCUUAACCCAUCCCUUUGGGAUGUUGGCCUAAUCGCCCAAAUCAGUGCCUGACCUCACGUCUUGUGACUGAAUAGAAGCAACAUCUACUGGAAAUCCUUCCCAGAAGAGUGGAGGCUGUUAUAGCAGCAAAGGGGGGACCAAGUCCAUAUUAAUACUUAAUUAAUAUGGAAUAAGAUGUUUGGCGAGCAUACCACAUACUUUUGGCCAUGUAGUGUAUAUAGUUUAGAUCUUAAUUUUUCCAUUGGCCAGAUUUAGUUUUUUAAAUUUAUAUUGCCUUCAUCGAAGACCUUGAUAUGAAAAGUCACUUUUCCAAUAUGUUCCAGCAUAUGUAGAUCUUUGGUUAAUAAAAUGGUUAUAGGUUUUAGAGCUUGUGUUUUAAAAAAUAAAAAAAAGAGAAGAAAUUUAAAUGGAAAGCAGGGGGCAAAGUAUCUUUACAUAUAGGCUAAAUUGGACAUGAGGACCAGUGUGACUGUAUGUGUGGACACUUGUAAACAUUCUAGGGGAUCAAUUUAAGCAUGAUGCCUUCACUUUUUAUAACAAUCACAGGAAUACACAUUCACACCCCAGUCAUCAAACUUUCUCUCCAUAAUGUCUGGGGCUUUGGGAGCGAGACCCAGGCGCUUUGCUGCAACAACAUUACACGUCUCUGCUGGAGUGAUAAGCAAAACUCACUUUUCUCUGGCCUCUGGGAAUGUAGUCCCUCCCCACGUCUCACAUGACCUCCCGUUGGAACUGAUCAAAUAUAUCAGAUAGAAAUCCAACUAAGCAAACCACUUUAAGAUUAGACAGACUAGCUUUAAACUCGCAUUUUCUGGGGGACUCGUUUUUUUAUUUGCAGACAGUGAUGCAUGAAUGCUUUCUAUUAUUAUACCAUGAAUACUAGCCUAGUAACUUAACUGGUUUCACCUCUGUUUGGUUUAAAUGUAAAAUGGAAAUGUGGAAAGCCCUGCUGGUGGCAAGUGCAUGCAGAGGGCUUCCUUUAAGCAUGCCUUUCAGGAUCUGAUGGUAAUCAACUGCCAUUUUGGGCCUCACCUUUUCUCAAAAGGACAAAAACUAGUGGGCUUUUCACACACAGUACAUUGUGUGGUUUGACCUUGUACAGGACAAACAUUUUCCUUUUCUUUGUUUUCUUUUGGUUUAAGUGAACUUUCUGUGCGAUCCUGAUCAUAAUAUUCUGUGAGAGUAUUUACUUCAAUUGGACCAUCAAAUUCAUUAAUUGUCUUAAAUGGAGCCAUUAGGCUCUCCAGGUUUGAUGGAAACGUAUUGGUUUCUAUUAUUCAGUAUGUAACCUUUUGAAACCUUAAGCCUCAAGCUUAAGUAAUAAAAGUAGGAGUGAUUUGGUUUGAGAAUAAAACAACAUGCGGCUGUAUUUUUUUAUAAUUUAAAAUAGGAAAUGUUUUCCCUAUCGGGUUAAUUAUUAGACAUGCGAUUAAACAUGAUAUUAAAUCGUUUCCAUGUUUUUUUUCAAAGGAUUUACUAAUUAUUUCAACCUUUCACAUCUGAAGGGAAACACUUUAAACAAAUAUUAUCCUAUGAGCUAUGACAAGAUAAUUUCAAACCGUUCUCAAUGGGUCUCUACUACUUGGUCUCAGCCUUGGUCUUCAUUACACCUACCUCAGAACAUGCGACAAACCUCAUGGCAAUGUUUGUCGCCGUGGGUGUCAGAAGAACAGUUGCAGGCAAUCCUAUCAUUAGAUGAGAAAUGUUUGUAGCCUUGCUGCGUCACAGUAUUUGGAUGUAGAAGUGAGCUGUAGACUACAGUUGGUUAUGGAUUGGUUUUCAUUUCUGAUAGGAAAAAUUUUAAUCGUUAUCUCAUUCUUUCUGGUUACCAUGAUAACAUGCACCUGCUUAUUGCACGUAUAUUCCUUGAUAUGGCUUUCUGUGAUGUUAUAAAACUGUAGUGCAUGACGUUGUUACUGUUAUUGCUCUUCCAGCUACGUUUUCCCUUCUCGCUAAUUAUUACAGCUAAAAUGGCUCCUGGGUCCCUGGACGCCAUGUUGUGUGUGACGGGGGAAGAAAAUUAGUCGCGCAAUGCCGUGGACGCAGUCCCCACAAAGGUAAAGCCCUCUGCCCCCGACCACGCCUGCACUUCGACCAUACACUUCCCUCAUUGACCCCACUCCUCCUCCUUCACAACGAGGCACCCCAUUUUAUUCCUUAUUUGAGGUCUGUGAUGCUGGAAGCACAACAAACUAUCACAAGACAACCAGUUCACAAGAACCCAGGGCCUGAAUGUCUGGGCAUGUCCAAUGGGUUAGUGAGGCCACACUCCCCUCAUUGUAGUGGUAGUACUGCUACUAGUAUGGUUUAUAAGGGUAAUCUCCACAAGGCACAUACACUAUUUUGUCUUUUGCAGAGCCAACUGAUCUGGGCUGACGCUGGAUGUGCCUGUAAAAUAGUCCAGUCAUGGCUCUAUCUGAUACCAUCUUCCUUUCCAAAAUUAGACGACCCCCAUCAACAGUAGUCAUGGAUUUCUUAUUUUCUUUGAUUCUAUUGAUGUUUUUAAAGGAAUAAUUUUGCCAAAUUGAAAUUAAUCACACUGUAUGUCAUUAAAUGAAUCUUCAAUUAAUCACAGAAAUGUGUUUUAAACCUGUACUCAAAACCGAUUUAAGAAACUUAUGUUAUUGUAAUUGAGGGUGAUCAGAUUGGGGAAUGCUGGAGUUGUUGCGUAUGCUUGUGUUGUGGCAUAUUUUUCUGAGGUAUUUCCAGUGAGACAAGAUGUGCAUUCACGCUCAAAACUGAGGCGUUCCAGCUGUGCUUUGAACGGCUAAGGACGCAGUGGUACGCAAAAGGCCAGAUGAACGGAGGGAGGGAGGUAGGGCUAUCGACCUCUGUCCCACGCAUGCUGGGUGAGUAACCAAUGCACCACUGCCCCGCUCAAAUUCACCUACCCCCCCCCCCCUUCAAUCUGCAGCACAACGCCCAACCCUCUCACUCUGAUCCCAUAACCAGUAUAUCUACAGGCCUACAACACCAUCGCCUAAAGAACAUUCCACAGCUGCGUUAGCUUAGAAGAUAUGGAUGUCAAGAGGACAACAUUCAGUAUUCUACGUUCCCUGUCUAGUUUGUUAAGUAAAUUCUACAUAUUCUAAUCACCCUGUUAAAUUGUCUGAUUACAAUUUGCGAACAUUGAUUGGGAACCUUAAUGUAAUCAUGUGGUUGAUUUAAGAUAUAUUAGGCUACUUUUACACAGGCAGCCCAAUUCGGAUCUUUUGCCAGUAAUUGGGCUUUUGCCAAUCAGAUUAGAUCUUUUGCCAAUAAUUGGGCAGAACAUCAGAAUUUGGCUGCCUGUGUAAAUGCAGCCAAACAUCAAAAUUCCACCAUAUAUUUUUGUUACGUUUGUAUUGCUGUGUUUAUUGAGGACUUCAGUGGCCUCCCUCAAUGAAUGAGAGCUGGACUAUAUCGGCCUACGAUACACUGUGCACGGUUUCAAUCAAAGUUUCCUUACCUCUCUGUCACGUUAUAGUUUUAAAUUGGCACUAAUCAUAUCACUACGAAACAGUUUUUCCUCCAGUUUCCCAGUUUUUCCUCCAUUGGAAUUCCUGACAACAUUUUUACAGAGACUUGUUUGAACGCAUGUGGAUUAGGACUGAAAACUAUAUGUACGACCAAGCUUUAUGAGAAAUCAGGGAAAAUACUGUACAUCUGUAGAUUACUGUUAUUUGUCCAUUACAGCAAAUGAAAGACAGGUUGCUGAUUGCAGAACCAUUUAUUGAAAGAUAUAGAAAUGAAUCACCUGAUGCUUAAUUGAGAAUUUGUUUUAAUUUGUAGCUGUCAAAUUCAUUUCAAUUAAGACACGUUGUUCUUUGUAAGUCUCAAUAAAUGACAUUGAAACAA